GUUUUGUUUUGUUUCUUUUCACUUAGACCACUAAAGCAUUCCUUCCCAAGAUGCUGGAAAUGAACCACGGACACAUCGUGACAGUUGCGAGUUCCUUGGGAUUAUUCAGUACUGCUGGAGUGGAGGAUUAUUGUGCCAGCAAAUUUGGAGCUGUAGGUUUCCACGAGUCUUUGAGCCAUGAAUUGAAGGCUGCUGAAAAGGAUGGAAUCAAAACUACUUUAGUCUGCCCUUAUCUUGUAGAUACAGGAAUGUUUAGAGGGUGCAGGAUCAGAAAAGAAAUUGAGCCUUUCCUUCCACCCUUGAAACCAGAAUACUGUGUGAAGCAGGCUAUGAGAGCUAUCCUUACAGACCAGCCAAUGAUCUGCACACCUCGUCUCAUGUAUAUGGUCACCUUCAUGAAAAGUAUUCUGCCAUUUGAAGCAGUUGUAUGCAUGUACCGAUUUUUGGGAGCAGACAAGUGUAUGUAUCCUUUCAUUGCUCAACGGAAACAGGCUACAAACAACAAUGAAGCAAAAAAUGGAAUUUAACAGUUUUGGAUGGACUAGCGUUUAUGGAUGAAUGCAAUAAUGUUACAUGACUGAAUUGCAAAGUGCACUUGCAUCUAACAGAUGCAAAUGUCAGCAUCUUAAUGUGGCAUUCUCUCGGGUCCUAAACCUGUGUGUUGAACUCUAAAAAUUAGUGCAUUUUUAUAUACUGUAAAUAAAACUGACUAGAGUACUUGGGAAAUGUGAUAGGUAAGUCAGAUGAAUUCACAAUGUAGCUGCCACCAUUGUCCUUUAGAAUAUCACUGUAUGUACAGUAAACUAGUCAUACUACUUGUAGGGAUGCACUGUAUGAUAUCUCUUCUGUAGCCUGCCAAGGCUUCUCAGAGCUGUCUCCAACUAGAAGAUGCAGUGUUUCAGAAAUGGUUUGGCUUUCCCUAUGUUAAUUGGGAAGGGGGAGGGAGGAAAAUCUUGCAAUUUAAGCUACUGCUCAUGAUCUUACUGCAAAUUCAAAGACAGAUUCUGAAUGCAUCUCUUCACUUGUUCACCCAAGUUCUUAAAGGACACAUGGCCAAAUUGUGGUGUAAUUCUCUUUUGUUGCAACUGUGUUCUAUUUAAACAAAGAUUAAAAGAAAUCUGUAAGUCUCUGCCAAUUCAAAGGCAAAUGAAUGUCUCACAUACUGUCAGAGCAAACUUGUACUGGGCACCUGUUUUUUUAGGAAUUCAGUCAGUGAUUUAAGCUGACUUUUUUCAAGUAACUUGAUUUGAAAUAUGCUCUGUUCUGUUUCCCUUUAUAUGUCAGAGUCCAGUUUACUGUUAUGAACUACAUGUUUCUUUUCUUCCUCCUCAUUCUUGCUUCUGACAGUUCUCCCACCCCCCCAAGGAAGCUGUUGUGUUAAAUUCUGUAACUGGACUUGUGCCUAAAAGACAAAGCAAAUUAGCUGAGAUACUUACUGUUUAUGUAAGUGCUGGUCAUGCCAAUUAUUAGCAAAGGAAAAAUAGAAUAACGUGUGAUGCAACUCUACAUGCAGAACAUGAAAGGUUGUAAAGAUUUGUUUUGAGUCGUACUCACAUUGUAGAACAGCAAAUGACAUUUUUACAGUAUUUUUUGUAAAGCGAACAAUUUUGUGCCUUGAAUUUGGUAAUCUGUAUUAGUGAAGCAUUGUAAAAGUGAACUUCUACCUCUGUAUCUUAAUGUAUACCAUCCACUUGUAAACUACUAUCAGACAAAUUGUGAUUACUUUUUUAGAAUGUCUUGUUAAAUAGUGACCAAUGCCUGUGGUUAUUAAAGUGAGCCACCUUUUCCUUAAAACA